AUGUCGUUAGAUCAAACUGAGCUGAAAAUAAUAGGAAAAGUUGGAUCAGAAAAAGAAAAAGCAUGGGCGAAACGUAUUGGUCCACUUCGUAAACGUGGAAACCUGCUACUUUGUACUCUUUUACUUGGAAAUGUAAUGGUCAAUAGCACAUUUACAAUUCUAUUUGAUAAUAUGACUAAUGGCCUAACUGCUGUUAUAAGUUCAACAAUAGGAAUAGUCGUUUUUGGGGAAAUUAUGCCCCAAGCUAUUUGUUCACGACAUGGAUUAGCAGUUGGGGCCAAUACCUACUGGCUUACAGUUUUUUUUAUGAUUCUUACAUUCCCAGCAUCCUUUCCUAUUUCUUUGAUUUUGGACAAAAUAUUGGGCGAAGAAAUGGGGCAAGUGUAUAAUAAGGAAAAGCUUCAAGAACUCAUACGGAUGACAGCUGAUAGACGAGUCUUGCAUGACAAUGAGGCAAACAUCAUUUCUGGUGCUCUUCAAUUGACUAAUAAAAGUGUUGAAGAUAUUAUGACUAGAGUUGAGGAUGUGUACAUGCUAGAAUCUAACAGAAUUUUGGAUUUUGAUACAAUGACGGAAAUUAUACAUCAUGGCUACACUCGAGUUCCAGUGUAUGAUGGGGAGAAAACCAACAUUGUCAAUUUACUUAAUACCAAAGACCUUGCACUUAUUGACCCAGAUGAUAAAACUCCAUUGAGUACUGUUUGUAAAUUUUAUGACCAUAAGCCACUUUAUGUUGAUCAUGAUGUCAAGCUUGAUGCAAUGUUGCAAGAAUUUUUACAAGGUGAGUAAGCCUUUACUUUACAAUAUUUAAGUAUGUAUAUAGAUUGACUGAACAAAUUCAUGGUAAUUAUCACAAUGAACUUAAAUAAAGAUAUUUAAUUCAAUCUCAUUUUUAUGUUCCGCCAUAAUCUGUUUCUUUUUGCUGCAUAUAUUAGUAAGAUUUAAUGUUUUUAUUUUGAAAAAAAUGAUAAAUCUAUUUUUUAUCAUAAAAUUUGAAUCCAUCAUUUAUUACUAACUCUCCCUAAUAUGUAAUUCAUAUGCUUAUAAAAAAACAGGGAAAAGAAAAAAAAUUAAAAUCUAUAAACUGCAUAGGAUGUAAAUAAAGCAAAUAACACAUUUAAAAAAAAAAGUUCUUUGCUAAACUACAUUUUAAAUAAUUUCUUGUGGCGAUAACAAUGAAUAGUUGUGUCAACAAUUAUUUUCACAAGAAUUUUAACAGUAAUGAACAUUUAUUAAAGACUUAAAAGAAUAUAAUAUGAUCAUUCCAUUUUUGACCCACUAACAGUUCAAUACAUUAAAUGGUUUAUCUUGUUUAAUAUGACCCUAGGUGAUUCUCAUAUGGCUAUAGUGCAGAAGCUUCACAACAAUGAAGAUCAUGAUCCAUAUUAUGAGACGAUGGGUGUUGUAACUUUGGAAGAUGUUAUAGAAGAGAUCUUGCAGAGAGAGAUUAUUGAUGAAAAAGACAUGAUUAGUAAGUCCUUGUGAUAUUCAUUUUAAAUAUUUUCAUUUCCAUCACGACUAAGUUAAUCUAUAUUAUCUUAGUGACAUCCUUCACAAGUUCAUCUGUAGUCACUUCGUGGCACAGCAUCAUAUCAUGUUUUCUAAUAUGAAGCUUACUGAUAUUCAAUUAUACAUGGAGAAUGUUUAUUGCUUUACAUUUAUUUAUAAUUCCAGAUAAUUUACUCUGGAGAUCAGUCAUUAAACCUGCUAUAAAAUUACUCAGAACAGUCAUUAUGCUUGUUAUAAAAUUACACUGGACAACAGUCACAAUACCUGCUAUAAAAUUAAUUAAUCAAUACAUUUUCCACUGGUAUUUUCUGUGUUUAUUUUAAUCAAUGUCAUAAUCAGAAUUUUUACAAAUAUUUGCAGUGUAUAUAUAAGAUGUUAUACUCUGAAAAUGAAUAUGUUUCAUUGUGAAGAGUAAAUGCAUGGAUACAAAAUUUCAGAACUGUCUAACUUGGUAAUUACCAUCUCUUUUCCAGCUGACAAUCGUCAAAAGGCUCCCAGGCCUCGUAAGAGACAAGAUUAUGAAAUACUGGGAGCAGAUAGCCUUAGGUCAAAAUUACCGAAACAGCUUGCUUUUGUUGCAUUCCAAUUUUUGACAACUAGUAAGUACAUUGGUUUCAGUAGUGAGUACUGGAGAGAUAUGGAGCAUGCAUUGCCCCAGAACAUUAUUUUCGGGAAUCAAAGAGAAGGUUGCCCACAACAACCUGUUUUAGUUUUAGUUUGAACAUCUUUUGGGAGACAUGAUUCUUUUCAUUUGAUGAGACUUUUGUCAACUUGCUUUUAUUGGAGAGUUCCUGUGACUUUUCAAGGAAAGUUAAUGCAGUGUAGGAAAGUCUAUAGCUGACAUGGCAUGGGGUUUUCCAAUUAAAAAAACUCUUGCAUCCUAAAAUUCUCCAGGCAGAAUAAAAGUUGUUAAUUCAACUGCGUUGACUGCUACUCCUAUGUCAAUUUUAUUAGCAUAUUAUAACUUGGAACCAGUGCUAGAUUUCCAAAAAUGAAAAAAAAAAAAAAUCUUUACAAAUAUGAAAUAGCUUCAACCUUUCAAAGUAAUUAAGACCAAGGGCUGUUCAGAAAAUUAUUUUUGAUAACCCAACACUCCCACUAAAAGUUGGGUUAAAGAAAUUAAUGCAUGAAAUACAGUCUAUUCUUACUUUAUAGUUAUACACAUAUUAAUCUUUUUUAUUAAGUGUGUAAACCAUACCACAUGGUGUACUGGGGUCAGUAAACCAUACCACAUGGUGUACUGGGGUCAGUAAACCAUACCACAUGGUGUACUGGGGUCAGUAAACCAUACCACAUGGUGUACUGGGGACAGUAAACCAUACCACAUGGUGUACUGGGGACAGUAAACCAUACCACAUGGUGUACUGGGGUCAGUAAACCAUACCACAUGGUUUACUGGGGUCAGUAAACCAUACCACAUGGUGUACUGGGGUCAGUAAAACAUACCACAUGGUGUAAGGGGGUCUCAGCUAAGUGAUUAAAAUCUUAUGAGGCCCAAAAGGGGUGAUUUGUAAAACUAGAUGCCUGAUGCCUAGAGCACUUUGUCUUUGCAAGCGUGUGCUCUGUGAUAUAUAUAUAUAUCGAUGAGCAAGUUUGCAAAUCCCAUUCCCCCAGGAUGGUAAGGCAUAUACAGUACAUAAUGUACAGGACAGAUUUUACCUGGGAUUUGCCACAUGGGCCGGAAUAUGCUUUCCGGUGCUUGUCCGCUGUGCCCAUUAUGUACAAUAAUAGCUAUAAAAAAAUGACCAGGUCAUUUUGGAUAAUCAGCGUUUUGUAUAAUUGAUAUCCUGAACGUUAUGCUUUACUUUUCAUAAAAUUAAAAUGUGGAAUCACUAUAAAGAUGAACUAUAACAUUGUUUUUCUAUUUGUUCAGCUGUUGAACCAUUUUCGGAUGCAUAUUUAGCCAGGAAUGUUCUCAUGAACUUGAUGAAAAAAGACAUCGUUGUGAACCUGACCCCCACAGAGCCGGUCAGUAGCAAGAACUACUUGUAUAACAAAGGAGAGGUCACUGACAAAUUUGUUCUCAUUCUACAAGGUGGGUCGAUACUGUUUUUAAAAAAAAGUUGA